ACCGCAUUUUUUCGAUUGCGCGAGACACAAGUAGUACCAAAAAAUAUUGCUGAAAAUUUCCACCACCGGCAUUGAUACGAUAAGAAUCCUUUCAAUUGAAUCAAUUUUAUGAAAACCGAUACGAUUUCGAACAAUUGCAACGGUUUCGUCAAAUAAAUAUCGAAAAAUCCCAACACAUUAAUCAAAUGCGCGUAGCAAUACCACCGAUCAUUGGUCGUAUGCCUCAGCUGUUUUGUUUCCCGCCAAUGGUUUGCUCUCUCAGAAAUUAUUCGGAAAGCCGCGAAGAGUGUUGUGUCCGUGUACUGCAGUCCGUGUUUUUUUUAAUUUCAAUAAUAUAAUUACAUCAAAAGUGAAAUAAUUGAGAAUACAAAAUAAAAUCAGUGAAAGAUAACGACAUAUUGAAUUGCAUUUUAUCGUAAACAGUGAGUGUUGCGCAAAAUAAAAUAGAAAACUGUUUCUGCCAAAAAAAGGCGAGUGUGUGGAAUUGAACGGAUUGGAUAUUUUUAGGUCUUUUUUUUUGGAUAAAUUGAAAAAUUUGUUCAUAAAAAAUAGCCGAAAAGAAAGCAAAAAUUGUUAAAAUAAACUUGUGUGUGAAUAUCCGGACGAAAAAUCGUGCAUAAAAUAGGAUGUCACAUGCAUUCGAGGAAGUUAUCGUUACAGAUGAUGGCGAGGAAAUGAGAUUAAAUGAGGAAGGCGGUGGUAUGCUAAAUAUGGAAAACGAGAAACGAAUGCGACGUGAAAUCGCAAACAGUAAUGAGCGUCGACGAAUGCAGAGCAUAAAUGCCGGCUUUCAGAGUUUGCGAUCGCUGUUACCACAUCAUGAGGGUGAAAAACUCAGCAAGGCUGCCAUACUCCAACAAACAGCCCAAUACAUAAUCGAAUUGGAGCGUGAAAAGACCCUACUUCUAUCACAAAACUGUCAGCUCAAACGAUUGGUCGAUCAGCAGGAAACCAGCGAGGUUCACGUUCUCAAAAAGCGCAAACUGGAUCCGGUCUUUACGAUACAAACCAUAUCCGAUUCAUCAGACGAAGGGCUCGGUUCAAUGUCACCCGAACCGAUUACAUUACUGACUACCGCCAACGGUAAAACGACAACACUGACAGCGACUCCAAAAGAAAUUGUUGAACUGAAAAAUCUGCUCGAAGCCGAACGUCGACAAAAGAAUGCACUGGAAGAACGACUACGACAAAUUGAAUUGCAAAUCUUUCCCGACCGAAGCCGUGACGUUGCUGUGACAUACCAGCAUCAAGAGGUCAUCGAACACACCGACAAUGUGCGCGAAGAAGACGUGACUGUAUCAAUCAUUCAGGAUCCAUUGAAAAUUCGAGAAAUGGAAUCGAUAAGUGUUGUGUCAAUGGAUUCACUACCCACAGUUGGACAAACACAAGUGGUUGUGUGUUCACAUGGUGACGAUGAUCUGGUCGAUGAAGAUUCUCGAACCGCAUCGCCCUGCGACAUUGAAAUUGAAGACAAUUUAAUUCAGAUUAAGCAAGAAAUAACCAUACCCAGUCGACCUAAUACGCCCAUCGAACAUGCACAUAACAAGCGAGUGCAACCGAUACUCGAAGCUGCUAUCAAGGCUGAACCUAAAGUCGAAGUCGAACGAAUAAAUGCACCAACGUCAGCCGGUUUAAUUAUUGUCAACGAUGACAUCAAGGGCAACGCAACGCAACAAAAGACGAUCAACACAACAACAUCAACAACCACAACAAACAAAGUGAAACCAGCCCGAUCACGCAUGUUCAUCACGCAUAACACAUCGCGACAGAAUCUGGAAACGAUUGUCGAAGCUAUCCGCCAUCUGGAGGGCGAUCAAUUUGUCACCGACAUGGUCGAACAGCAACCCCAAGAAGCGCCAUUAGCCCUAACCAAUAAGCCCCAGCGACAGCUACAAAUUGAAAUGAAUCCAUUCCUACAAUUUCGAUCGGCAUCCCAGCAAAAUGUGUCAACGGUGACGCCCACACUGACCACAGUGGUCACAUCAAACAAUGCUAAGUCAAUCACAUCGGCAACGGUGUCCCAUUUACAGCAGCAGCAACAAUCUCGACCGGGUGUCAUUGUGGUAAAACAAAGUUCCUGAUUGGCAUCACGGAACCGUUAAAUUCUAAGUUUGUGGUAUAAAUGAGAAAUGGAUAACGCAAAACGCCGCUUUGUGUGUGGACAUUGCGCGAGGGGCUUUGUUUCGAUUGUUAAGUUCAACAAAAUUAAUUUUCUUUUAAUUUAUCUCAAUUUAGUGAAUAAAAAUCAUUAAUUUUGUAAGGAAAAUUUAUAAAAUUAGAAAUAUUCUUCGUAAUUGAUAAAUAUACCCAGUCGGAACUGUACAAUGUUCAACAGUUUAAGCGAUUCGCAUUACAAGGAGACAGAACAGAAUAUAAUAUGAAUCCUACACCUACACACGCUGAAUAUAUACACACUAAAUAAGAAAGCGAAGAAAUUUGGACAGAUGAAGUAAGUAAAAUAAGAAAAUUGAAAAUCAGUUGACGAUAUUUCGUAAUCGCCGAUUUAGGAAAAUUAUUUUUUUUACCCAACGUUCUUCUAGGACAAAUUAACGAAUAAGAGAAAAAAAAAAUCAGGAAAAUUUCCCUUAGAAAUGGAUUCCAAUUUUCGAGCAAAUUGUUUGUUCGUUCGCAGGAAUCUUGAACCGAUAUUAUGGCGUGAGAACGCAUUAAAAUAUAAAACAAAAAUUUAGGCAAAAUUUACUUCUAAAAAUAUAUUUGACAAAACAAAAGACCGUGAGCCUGCUCUUACAUCAGACACACCGGUUUGAAGCUAAUGCAAUAUCAUUACCACAAAAAAUGUUGGUUCUAGCACUUUUGUUAUUGAGCGCCAGAAGCACCCGUUGUCAAUGGCCUAGUCGAUAUUUCAGUCAAUUUACUUCGUAGUAGAGAACUACCAGAUUGGUGUCAAAAUGAAGGUAUUGAAAUAUGAGAUUUAUAAAAGAAAAUUUUUAUUGAAGGAAGUGCCUUGUCAGUUGAAAGCAAGAAACUUUUAACUUGUCAGGCACGAUGUGUCAACAAAAAUUUUCUAUUUCAAAUUUCACGUCAUGACACGCUAAUACCUUUCUUUUGACACCAAUUAGAGAUGACCCAAAUUUUGUAAAAAAAACGACCCAACCCGAACCCAAUCCGAUUUAAUUUUACCGAGCAUCAAGUUUCAAAAAUUUAAUUUCGGGUUAGAUUCGGGUCGGGGAUUUUUAAUUUCAUCUCUGACACCAAUCAGAUUUCUGUACAACGUCUGACUCUAACAAAUAGUGCCACAACAACGAAUUUUCAUCUUCGGUAGUGUAAUGACUUCGGUGGUAUAUAGAUUUGAAAACGUUACAUGAACUGGAACUGACAUGACACAGGUUCUCGGUCUGAAAAUGCCGGCUUAUCAAUUUCAUUGUUUUUCUUUUCUCUUUCGAAAUUUACUGAUGGGUUUUAGUAAAACAAGAAAAAGACAACAUUCCACUUGAGGUAUUUUUUCUUCUUCUUCUUCUUUUUUUUCCGCUUUAGACUUAACCAACAUUUUGAAAAUGGAAAAUGGAAACAAUGAAAAACCAAAAAUUCUUUCGGUUUUUGUAUUCGACCGGCGAUUACACACACAAAUUAGAACAAUUUCUAUUUAAACAAAAAAAAAAGAAAAAAAAAGAUUUUUAAUACAAAAAUGAAAUUUAAUGAAAAAAAUGUAAAUUUAUAAUCAAUAUUAACAUUAAAAGAAAAUAACCGACAAAAAUAAUGGUUUCGAUCGACACAAUAUUCCUUUUCCGUUGUCUUGUAUAAAAUAUAAAACAAAACAAAAAUGCUGAUUAAACUCAAAUAUUUUUUAAAAUCAACAAAAUAAAUGAAAUGGAAAAGCUAAUUGUACUACAAAAAUGUUCGUACUUAUUUGCGAGUUAAAAAUACAUAUAAAUCGAAGAGAGGAAAAAGAAAGCAUUUUCUUCUCAGCUUGUUAGUGGAAUUACAAGAACGAGAACAUUACAUUUAACUUAGUGGAUAAUGAACAAGAUUAGACGAAGAAAAUGAACAGAAAACUUUAGUAAUAAUUAAGAUAAAUGAAGUUAUAAGAGAGAUGAAAGUAAGAGAAAGCGAAUGUCAGUGGAAGAAACUGAAAGAGAGAGAGAGAGAGAACGAUGAACAAUAUUUGUAUUUGCUUAAUUUCCAGAGAGAGAUAGAGAGAAACUCCAAACCAUCGCAUCAUUUCUUCAUAAUUUUUCUUUUUCUUUGAAAAUGUUCAAUUUUUGUAGGACAGUGGAAAUCUAUUCCAUUUCCCCUCUCCACACCAAAACUUAUUUUUUUCCUAAUUCCUGCUUUCAUUUUACAAACUAGAUCGAUUCAACGGCAGUCGUAACAAAGGCUAAGAAUUGACUCAGAUUGUCCGAUGUCGUAGACGUUCAUCACGUCAAUAUGCAUUAGUUUAACGAUUUGAAGUACUAGACUUGCUGACGUAAAAUUUAAUUCGAGAGAGCCGUCUCUUAACGAACUGAAAAUAGGACUCUCAAGCUAAGGCGCAAAGAAAGAAUGAAAUUUCGUUUGUAAAAUGAAAACGUUGACCGAAAUGAAAUUGAAUUAUCCCCCCCACACACACGUACACACUUCCCCAUCAAAUUAAUUUCUAUGAAAUUUGUUUCUAUAUUUUACAUUAAAACAAAUUUAUUUCAAAACUUUGUUACAAUUAAAAACAACAGAAAAUUAUUUUACUUAGACAUUACGUUCCGAAACAGCAAAACCGCGCAUUGAUUCAGUUGUACAAACAUCUAUACAAAAUUCGCUUACUUCCCUUGAGUUGAUCAGAAUGGCGAACUGAUUUCACGAGCGACGGAUAUUUUGAGCUUUCGAGCAUCUUCAUACACACUUAGUCAAAUUCAUACUGCUAGUCGUAGACAAUGACAUAUUAUGUCAUUGGUCGUAGAUGCCCUACUUCACCAGGCGAUUUGAAUCGAAAACAAAAUGAUUUCGGCGAUUACAUCCAUAGUGAGGCUACUUUCUUUGUUGAAUGGGAGAUUUACAUUGAUAUCAAACUUCCAUCAAAUCAAUCAGAAAAAGGGAAUCAAUUGGUUAACAAACCAUUUCGAAUCUUGAAAAAUGAUUUGAACAAACUGACUAGUUUAGUACGUACGUACAUUACAAAACCUUCUCAGAUCAAUUUCAAAAAGUGGCUAGGAGUUUCAACCAAUGUCGCUGAAUUCUGAAAUAAUCACGGAAAGUGCCAGAUGAAUGGAUGCCCGAUAAAAUCAUUAUAUGGUUGAGAUCUGCAUUUAAUGUUAACUUGUUGUUGAGACCACUUUACCAGUUCAAUAUCCGUUUGUCUCCGAUAGUUUCGCUAGAUUACAAUCUUUAAGCAAAUUUAUUAACGUUGAACUUUUCGAUCCUAAUAGAUUCAAUAGAAGGAAUGACCAAUGGUCACCUCCUACUAUUGAAUCUAAUACGAUCACUUCAACGGAGUCCUAGUUUUAAAAAUUAUUUUCUAAAUUUCCUAAAUUUUUUCUAUUUAUUUUCUGAUGAAUCCGUACAAUUGAAACAUUUUUUUGUGUUUUUGUGUCGGCCAUUGUAUAUAAAAUGUAUCCAGACCUAGUCGGAUUUAUUUUGGCGUAAUAAUGUAAAACGGCGCGAAAUGUAAUACUGGUAAUUAUGGUAGCCUUCCCCCGGUAUUAAAAUGUAAGUUUUUUUUUCGUUUUUACAGAUUUUUUUUAAAUAAAUAAAUAAAUCCGAAGAAAAUAAUCAAGAAAUAAAAAAGAUUUUAAUAAAAAGAAAACAGAAGAUUUAGCUGAGGUCACAUUAAUAAAAGUAAAAAAAUACAGAAAACAAACACCACCUACAACAAUAUAUAAAUAAUAUAGCCACCUUCUAUGCAAAAUAAAAAACGAGAAAUGAAACAUCCAUAAAGAGAAAAAUAGAUUUAAGUGAAAAAAUAAAAAAAGCAAAAAAAAAUUGAAAACAAAAUGAUAUAAAACAGUCCCAAUAAUUUUUGUUCCUUUAAAAGUGAAAUGUAAUUGUAAUAUAUGAUCGUCAAAAUAAUAUUUAAUUAUAAAGAAACGGAGAAAAGAAAGAACCUGGCGUUUAGUUUUUAGAGAGCACUUUGCAAGAUUUAUUUGAUUCAUUUU